CUCUGUGUCCCCGUGACUCCCUCCCCUUGUCCCUCGUGUCCCCUGUCCCGUGUCCCCUCCGUCCCCCUCACAUCCCACGUUCCCUGUGUCCCACUCUCUCCUCUGUGUGUCCCCUGUCCCUCCUGUCCCUCGUGUCCCCUCCCCUUCUCAGCUCCUCUUUUCUUUCCCCGAAGCCACCGCAGCUUCUGCUUUCGGCUGCGGGUGUCGCCCCCACACCCCCGGGCGAGGCAGAGCUCGGGGGGGCUCCCGCACCCUCCCGGCCCUGAAAGCGGAACCGGAGCUGCCCCGCGGGACCGUGCGGGGCCGGUUCCUCUUUCGGGAGCGAGGGCGGCGCCCGGCGGUGCCCCCGGACCAUGGAGCCCCCGCGGCGGGUGCGCCUCAAGCCCUGGCUGGUGGCCCAGGUGAGCAGCCGGCGCUUCCCGGGGCUGCGCUGGCUCGACGCCGAGCGCCGCCGCUUCGUCAUCCCCUGGGGACACGCCACCAGGAACCCCCCGGGCCCCCAGGACCACGACACCAUCUUCAAGGCGUGGGCGCAGGAGACGGGCCGGUUCCGGGCCGGGGACCCGCCGGACCCCCCCCGCUGGAAGGCCACGCUGCGCUGCGCCCUCAACAAGAGCCGCGAGUUCCGGCUGCUGCUGGACGGGCCCCGCGGCUCCCCGGCCCAGCCCUUCCGCAUCUACGAGCUCUGCGAUGAGCCCCCCGGGGGCGCAGAUGGGGGGGAUGAGGAUGACUAUGGCUGCAGCGGGGAGGAAGACGUCAGCCAGCUCCACAAGAUGACAUCCCUGAGCAUCGAUGACACGCAGCACAGGGGGGAUCUGCUGCCCCCCUACCCCUGGCCCAAGGAGGAGGCUCCCCCCUUUGCCACCCAGUGCCCCCCGGGGGGGCCCUUUGCGGCUCCCCCCCCGGCGCUGAUCCAGGGGGAGGCAGGGGGCACCCACGGGGCCCCUGAGCUGCUCCCUGGCGCCCUCGCUGAGAUGGGGCCCCCCCUGGGCCCCCCAGGACCCUCGUCCAGCUGCCCGGUGGCACCGACAGAGCACCUGAUCCCCGACCUGCUCGUCAGCCCCCACAUGCUGCCACUGACUGACCUGGAGCUGAAGUUCCAGUACCGGGGCCGCCAGGUGUGCGCCCUGACCGUCAGCAACCCGCACGGCUGCCGGCUGUUCCACAGCAGCCUGGAGCCCACGCGGGAGCAGGAGGAGCUCUUCGGGCCGCUGACGCUGGAGCAGGUGCCCUUCCCUGCUCCUGACACCAUUCCCAACGAGAAGCAGCGCUUCUACACCCACCAGCUGCUGGACGUGCUGGACCGAGGGCUCAUCCUGGAGCUCCAGGGCCAGGACCUCUUCGCCCUCCGGCUCUGCCAGUGCAAGGUCUUCUGGACUGGGCCCUGUGCCACGCCCCAGCCCGGCCCCAACCCCAUCCAGAGGGAGACAAGGACCAAGCUCUUCAGCCUCGAGGGCUUCCUCAACGGCCUCAUCCAGUUCCAGAAGGGGCAGACCCCCACCCCGCCUCCCUUCGAGAUCUUCCUCUGCUUCGGCGAGGAGUGGCCGGACCAGAAGCCCAAGGAGAAGAAGCUGAUCACGGUGCAGGUGGUGCCGGUGGCGGCGCGGCUGUUGCUGGAGAUGUUCUCUGGGGAGCUGUCCUGGUCGGCCGACAGCAUCCCGCUGCAGAUCUCGCACCCCGACCUCAAGGACAGGAUGGUGGAGCAGUUCAAGGAGCUGCACCAGCUCUGGCAGAGCCACCAGCGGCUGCCGCCGGCGCAGCCCCCGCCCGGCCCCUCCGCGGGGCCCUGGGCGCUGCCACCUGGGCCCUUGCCCCACUGACAGGGACACGGGCACAGCUGGCACUGCCAGCCGGGGUGAGUCCCUCCGUGGCCAGCUCGGCUGGUGGGGCCACCCAGCACCGUCCUCACCCCUGUCCCUACCCCAGUCUCCAUGCCUGUCCCCCCAGAGCUGGCAGGGACCAGCACCAGGGUGCUCUGCAGGGGAAGGAGACUGUGACCCCCCGCCCUGGGGCAGCUCUGCGCCCCUCCCUGCACUGCCAAGGAUAAUCCCCCUGCGACUUUUGGGGGAAACAGCAAGAAAACAGGGCUGGGGCCACCUUGGACCUGGAGCUGCCAGGGAUGGGGGGGCACAAAGCAGCCCCAGCCCUGGGAGGAGAACCAGAGGGACCUUAGGAGGUUUUAAUUUAUUUUUUCAGUUUUUUGUUGUUUUUUAUUGUUCUCGAGAUGGCUACACACCCCCGGAGGGAACCGCAUGCGCCCGCCCGCCCUGCCCGCACUCGAGCCACCGCCUCCUACCCCAAAA